CUUGACAAAACUUGAUAUUCCUGAAUCAUAUUAGAUUCCAGUCAUAUUUGUGUUAGUUUAACUUUACAGAUAGUGGUCACUGUUUUGUUGGGUGAAGGCUUGUUACCGGCGCUUAGCAUCGUCAACGGCUGCACCUGACAUCAUUUAAAGCCAACGUUAACCUGCUGUCGUUGUCAACGUUACGUUAAGUUCGUUUUUUUAUAUUUAUGUAACAUUCAUCAGGUGCUUAUAUACCCCUAUCUGGCGAAACCUAAAAAGGGAUUGCAUUCAUGGGUAACUAAAGCUUUAUUCAAGCAUCUACAUUGAGCUCACGCUAAGCUAACCUAAAGAUUUGCAUUGUCAUAUGUAAGACGUCCAAACUAAAUAAAGGAAGUGUUAGUUUAAAGUAAUGCUAGUUACAGUGAGUGACGACCAAAUAAAAUAUAAGUAAUGCUAGUUUAAAUUGAUGUUAUCUUACAGUGUAUGACGACGGCAAAACAAAGUAAAGGAAGUGUUAGUUUAAAGUAAUGUUAGCAGUGAAUAAGUAGAGGUCUUUGACAGAGGAAAGGUGAUGUCUGAGGCCAGGGUUACUGUGUGUGACUCGGAGAGUGGACCCGGUCCUGACCCGCUGACAUCUCCCAGUGCUGAAGCUUCUAGGCCCGACUUGAAGGGUCUUGUGCCUGCUAGUCCCCGGUCCUCAACAGAUGUUAGCCCCUCACCUUCUGCUGAGGUGAGUGGCUUGUUGUCGUUACCAUGGGAGAUGUUGACACACAUUGCCUCUCACCUUCCUGCUCAGUGUGUCAUCACUGUGCUGCCAAAGGUCUGCCAUACUUUAGGCAAUGUGGGUAAGGACACCACCGCGUGGCAGCUCCGGGCUCGCAGACUUAUAGGAUCCCAAGCUGUCUUUCCAGUGGGGCCAAGGGAAGACUUUGACUGGCCCUCUGCUUGCCUGGAGAUAGAACAGCUGAUAACCUGCUGGACAGGCCAAGGGCAUCUCGUGGCAAAACAGACCAAAAAGGAUGAGGAGGAAAGCCAAGAAGUGAGGCAGCAGCAAAGGGCAGGGCAGGAAGAGGAGCCAGUUGUAGAAGGACAGCAAGAUGGUAGAGAGGAAGAGCUGGAAGGGGUAGGAGUGGAAGGGCAGGAGGUUGCUUAUGGUGUUGAUGAAGGAAUGGAGGUGGUAAUGGAUGGUGAAGAGGAUGAAAUUCAGCCCAUUGUAGGUGGGGACCAACUUGAAAGAUUGAGGGAGGAGUUGGAAGAGAGACUGAAUGAUGAUGCAGGAGCACUGAUGGUAGAAGAAAGGAACCACAGGAUGGUGUUCAAUGAUAUUGAGGCGUUAGGUGGUGCUCCAAAUCGCAUGGAGAACCUGGCAGACCCAAGGAAUCUGGGUAAUAGAAGACCGGUAGAGGUGAAGCAACGUCCGCCCCCCAGAAGUCCGAGCCCACCUCCAGCGCUGGAGUGCACCACCCUCCCUACAUGCCACAUUGCGCAGGUCAACUCAGUCCUCCUGCUGGGGGGGGAGGGGGCAGUGUGCGCCACAGGCUCCAGAGACAUGAAUGUUAAACUGUGGGAUCUAAAGGCAGGCUCGCUGUUGCACACACUGGGAGCGAGGGGGGAGUUCAGCACUCAUAAAGGCUGGGUCUGGUGCCUGGCGUCUCAGGGACCUCUGCUGGCCUCGGGGGGCUUCGACAGCACUCUGAGGCUGUGGGACCUAGAGGCGGGGGGUGCAGCGGCGGGCCUGAUCAUGACCGGGGCCGCUGUCCUCUGCUUGUCCUGUCAAACGGAUGUUUUGGUGGCUGGAACUUUUGACAAGAGGGUCAGCAUGUAUGACACCAGAGCUGCUGAACCCCUGGUGAAAAGCGUCCGUCUCCAUGGCAACGCUGUGAUGUGCCUAGCUGCAGAUGACAAGUACAUCAUCUCCGGGAGUAAAGACUGCACGGUGGCUGUCUAUGACCGGAGGGCAUGCAAGGGCUUGAAGAAAAUCUGGCUGAGCUCUUACCUGCUGUCCAUGAGCUACAGUGGCUGUGAAGUAUGGGCAGGGGACAACAGAGGUAUGCUCCACUCCUUUUCCAUGCAGGCGGGGACCCUCAAACCUCUGUCCCAGUUUGAUGUGGGACACACAGCUCUGGUCACCGGCAUCCACAAGUCCGCUGGAAGCCUCUACACCUGUUCAUCUGAUUGCACUGUCAAGGUACAUAUCCCUUGUGCCCCUCCAAGGACUGUUUGCAUAAUGCCUCACCAAAUGGGAGUCAAUGGGUUGAGCGUCGAGGCUGGAGUCCUUGCUGUAGCUUCAGGGGAAGAUUGUUUGGAAAUAUGGAGGCCCAGAAAUUGAAUGAGCAAGACCUGCAAACUACGAGACAAGACUUGAAAGCAGGUGUUAAUAAGACCUUUCAGCCUGUAAAACACCAUACUGGUCUUUCAGCAUUUUAAACUAACAACAAAUGCAAAACUCUGAAGAUGUUAGUGACUUGACAAAAUGACCACAAAAAGUUAGGACAGCAAAUGAUUCCAAUUGAAUCCUUCGUGGUACAUAUGUCCAAACAAAGUAUUUUAUUCUGCUGCAGUAACACACACAAAUGUUCUUGGAAAUAUGCAUUACCAGUUGCUUGAUUAAGCUUUAAAAGCUAUUUAUUAUUAUUAUAAUUAUUAUUUUUGCUCUUCCAUGUGUUGAUGUAUGAUGGUUGAGAAGUUUAAGGCCACUUUUUUUAGCCAAAAGCUCUCGGCCCUUUUUCAUGAAUUCUUUGUUAAACCUGUUGAGAAGUUUAUCUACAAACAAAACUAUAAAUAUGUAAACACACGAAACGUGUUUGUCUCAUGCACUUAUUUACCUUCUGUGCCAGUAGAUUUCAAAGACACUCUGUUUGAAGUGUAGAAACGUGUUGAUGACGUGUUUUGACACACGGAUUAUAUUUGUAAAUCUUUUUAUAUGAACACACUCCUCAGUUUGAGUCAGUGUGAUCUGUUUGGAAGUUAUGUUGGCCUUGUGUGUUAGUUUGUGUGUGUGUUACUUUAUAAAAAGUAUUGAAUUGCUUGAAUGAAUCCAACUAUACAUUAUUUGCAAAAUACUACACAUUUCCAUCCAUUAAAGAAGUUACCAUUAAAUAGCCUGGAAAUCUUGUGUC